AUGAUCGAGUUGGAUAUUUCCAUAUGCGCUAUCUCGGAACCGAGAAAUAUCCCGGAGAGUACAUACUGGUUCGGAAGCAACAAUGGACUAGCAGCGAUCCACUGGAGACCAACAAACGCGGCCCAAGUAUGCUCUCAAGUGUACAGAGCACAGGACUUUGUCGUGGCCAAGCAUGGUGGGAUAAACGUUAUUGCAUGUUACAUCUCACCAAACUGCAAUAACGAAAGCUUCUUAACAUUCCUGGAAGAGCUAGGAGUAGCCAUAAGAUUCUUGGAUGGAAGAACGCUUAUCUGCGGCGACUUCAACUCAAAGUCGACUCAGUGGGGCUCGCCCCGUACAGAUAGAAGAGGCGAAUGGGUCGGUGAAUGGGCAGCGGAACAUGAUCUCCGACUGAUCAACGUGGGCUCUGUGCCCACUUGUAUACGACCACAAGGGUGGUCAAUUAUAGAUCUUACGUGGGCCACGGGAGAUAUCAACGGCUGUAUAAACGAGUGGAAGGUCCUAAGCAGUGUUGAGUCGCUCUCGGAUCACGAUUAUAUCGCAAUGAAGGUGGGCCGAGUCUCUGCUAAUAGAACCAAACCCAGGAAGAAUCGCUUCAGAUAUCCACGAUGGAACUGGAACAAACUGGACGAAGACAUGUUCCAUGCUGCAAUCGACUGGCAUUGCGCGAACCCACCAGGAGAAAAACGCUCGGCUGACGAGAUGGCCCAGUGGAUAAAUGGGGUCAUCCGUGAUGUGCGAGUGACGCGGCCACCAACAGAAUCAGAGGGAGACCCAAGAAAAAGCAGGCCUAUUGGUGGAAAGCGGACAUAG